AUGGAAACCGAUUACGACAAGAAUGCACGUCCAAGUGAACUGACAGAAGUUUCCAUAUCCUUGAAAAUAAAUAGAAUUUCAUCAGUUGAUGAGAAUAAAGAGGAAAUAUCAUUUGAUGUAUUUCUACAAGUUGUAUGGAUGGAUAAACGAAUAAAGGUGCCUCAAGAUCUUGGACCGAAAAAUUAUAGCGAACUGACAAUGGAUCAAAGAAAUGAAAUUUGGGUGCCUGAUCUCUACAUUCGACAGCUUCGAGAAAUGAAAAUUCUUAAAGUAUUCGAGGAAAUUUCUAGUCUACGAAUCUACGAAAAUAGUACAAUAAGCUUGAGUAUAGGUGCAACAAUCAUCAUUAAGUGUGAUAUGGACUUUGUGCUGUAUCCUUUGGAUGUUCAGUCAUGUCCUGUUGACUUUUCCAGUUAUAAAUACACAGUCAAUGAAAUGGCGUUUUAUUGGCGUAAAGAUCAUCCGCUAACAUUUCCAAACGAUUUCGGUGAGAAUGGUUUUCGUCUACCAAAGUACGUGGUAUCUUUUCAGACACACGAAGAACCACUUAAAAUAAAUCCAGAUGGGGAUGCUGAUCGAAUUUCAGCACGACUAGACAUCACUUUGUCACGAGAGGUCAAAAGUUAUCUGCUUGAAAAUUAUCUGCCUUCAACACUUUUUACGGUAAUUUCGUGGGGAAGUUUUCUAAUCAUUCCUACGAUUGUGCCUGGUCGAAUGGUUUUGCUAGUAACAACGCUUUUAUCACUUGUUACAAUGUUUGAUGGUGUUCGAAAUAAUUCACCGGAUGCAUUGGAAUUAAAGUGCAUUGAAGUUUGGCUACUAAGCUGUACAUUCUUCGUAUUUCUGGCGUUGAUGGAAUACUUUGUUGUUCUCUUUGGAAUCCGAUAUGAUUCACAUUGGAGAAGAUCACAACUUGUCGCAGCAGCUGCUCAUGCUCAUCAUCAACAACAACAACAGCAGCAACAACAACAGCAAUCUCAGUCUCCUUCUAGAAUUCACUUAUCAAACCAAAGCCUUCAAGCAACACUUCAAGUACCAUCACCAGCAAUUCCAAAUCUUCCCAAUGUCGAGACUCCCUUAUUAUCGGAAACAAGAAAUGAGGAAGUUGUAAUAGAGAUGACAACACUUCAACCACAACGUAGAAAUGGUCUUGAAAACGCAGCUAGAAUGUUUCAAGUUAGUAAAAUUAAUCCAGAAGAGCACAAAGUUAUGCGCGAUUUAGCAGCAUCGAGAGCUGAAAGCUUAAAUACGGCGGAAAAAGUUUCAUCAAUUAUGGGACGCAGACGAUUUCGUAACGUAGCAGAUGUCGCCUUACUCUACGCUGGUUCAACACGUGGAAAGUUAGAUCAAAUAUCGUUAAUUCUAUUUCCAGUUAGUUUUGUACUUUUUACCGUAAUUUAUUGGGUUUUGUAUAUAAAUGAAUCACGUAAAAGUGCGUUGUGAUUAGUAAUUACAUUUUCCUUCAUCCUUAUUUACGCUUACUGAUAUUGAAGCAUGAUAUUCUACAUAAAUUUCUUUUCCAUAAAUUUUACGAUGAUACAUAAAACACCAGAAAUUGAUUUAUGAAAACCAAUAAGUGAUCACAAUUUUAAUAAUGCAUUCUUAUCAAAUAUAUAUCUAAUUCAAUCGUUGCCUUACAAGUGCUGACUCUUUUUUAACUGUUAAUAAUUAAUCUAAAACAAGCGACAUAUCACAUGACACAAAACGACAACGCUUAGAUAGUUAAAACAUUAAUUCCAAAGAGAUUUCUUUAGAAUAAUUAUUUAGAUAAAUAAAAAUUCAACAGAACACUUCACACACCAAAAUGUGAAAAGCGGUAAUGAGAACUUUAAUUAACUGUAGCCUUCAUUGACACAAAAAAAGAGUCAUUUGGGAUUUUCGAAACAAGAUCUAUUUACUACUAAAAUUUAUUAAAAUAUUUAUGUAGAUUAAAUUGGGGGAAACAGAACGAAUUAUUAAAUAAAAGCUUAGACAAACAACGAGCUUAAGAACUAAGCUAAACUUAUUAAAAAAUUAAAGAGACAGUAGAAGAAAACAUAAUAAGAAGCUUUCGACAUUCUUAAAGUUUUGCCUUGAACUUAAAUCAAUUCAAAAGCUCUUGAAAUUUAUAACAUAAACAUCCAAACAAACAAAGAAGAUAUUAAGAGCAUAUUAUUCAAUGAAAGGUUAUUUGAUUUUCAAGAAAAAUUCGAGAAUAGGCAUUUAAUCCAGAUUAACUUAAAUCCUAUAAAUUUAACUCCUGAAUUAUCUAUAAUAAUCCUGAAACAAAUGGAAAAUGAAACUUUUCAAAUCCUCCCUUGACGAAUGAAAUUUAAUUAAUAAAGUAUUAUUUUCUUUUCUCUCAAAAUGCUAAAAAUCA